GUUGCGGGGCUCCCGCGGCCGCUCCCUGGCCCUGGCGCGCCCGGUAUGCGCGCCCCCCUCGGGGAACUGGCAGUCCCCGGCUGGGCCGGAGCCGCGUGGGCGCCCUCUCCGCUGGUCCGCGGCGGCGAUCGUGGAGUCCGCACCGCGCUCUCUGCAGCCCUACCUGCGCCUCAUGCGGUUGGACAAGCCCAUUGGAACCUGGCUACUGUAUCUGCCAUGUACAUGGAGCAUUGGUUUGGCAGCUGAACCAGGUUGUUUUCCAGAUUGGUACAUGUUAUCCCUCUUUGGCACUGGUGCUAUUCUGAUGCGUGGAGCAGGCUGUACUAUCAAUGACAUGUGGGACCGGGACUACGAUAAAAAGGUUACAAGAACAGCAAAUCGCCCAAUUGCUGCUGGAGACAUUUCAACGUUUCAGUCCUUCAUUUUUCUUGGAGGACAGCUGACCUUGGCACUGGGUGUCCUUCUGUGUCUGAAUUAUUACAGUAUAGCUCUGGGAGCAGCGUCCUUACUUCUUGUCAUCACCUACCCACUCAUGAAGAGAAUUACAUACUGGCCUCAAUUAGCCUUGGGAUUGACUUUUAAUUGGGGAGCAUUGCUUGGAUGGUCUGCUAUCAAGGGCUCCUGUGAUCCAUCUGUUUGCCUGCCUCUUUAUUUUUCUGGAGUUAUGUGGACACUAAUGUAUGAUACUAUUUAUGCCCAUCAGGACAAAACAGAUGAUGCCCUGAUUGGUCUUAAGUCCACGGCACUGCGGUUCAGUGAAAACACCAAGCAGUGGCUCAGUGGCUUCAGUGUUGCCAUGCUGGGGACACUGAGCCUGGUGGGAGUAAACAGUGAUCAGACUCUUCCCUACUAUGCUGCUCUGGUUGCUGUAGGAACCCAUCUGACUCACCAGAUUUACACUCUAGACAUCCACCGACCUGAGGACUGUUGGGAAAAAUUUACCUCCAACCGAACAAUAGGACUAAUAGUUUUUUUAGGGAUUGUUAUUGGGAAUUUGUGGAAAGAAAAGAAGACAGACAAAACAAAGAAAAAUAUAGAUAGUAGAAUAGAAAAUUAGCAAAUGAUGUUUAUCUAGGAAUUAUUAAAACAAAUUUUUACAAUCUUGUUACCACGUAACUAGAUUUAAAUCAGCAAUCUGUUAUAGUGUGUUAAAGAGUUAAGAGGUAGAAGAUGAAGAUUUAGAGCGCAUUUACCUGGAUUUUAAUUUGACAGUUUGCUAGCAAAAUUCUUUUCCUGUUACAGAAACCAGGGACUCUCACAGGACUUGAGAUGACCUUGAGUAUUUAAGUUGAUGCACUCUUCUGCCCAUUAUAAUUCUCAUCUGCAGUUUAUGGAAGUUAUAUGAGUUUUAGCACUUUAGAAAAAACCUGAUGUGUAUCUCAGAUGUGUAUCUCAUCUAAAUGAAUGUCUCUGUAGGAAAAUGGACUCUCGGUUUUUUUAGGGAAAAAUAAAAGCUGCUAUGGAAA